AUGAUUGCCCACGCCUGUGCAAUUAGUCAGGGCGGGCGCCCGUGUCGAGUCUACAGUGAGGCUCUGAACCUCGACGUGUCCUGCGAUGAAGCUGAGAAAUUCAUAGCAUUCGGAAGCGUUAAUGAAGCUUACACUGAAGUGGCGAGUAACUUUGCUUUACCUUGCGAGUACCUCCCGCAGGACAGUGCUUGCAAUGACAGACGUAAGAGAAACGCGCCUCCAGGACUCCUUCGCCCAGCGGUGUUCCUCCCAAGCCUCUUCAAACCUAUUUUGGAUGAGGUGGCGGUCGUCGGCCUAGUCACCCUGAACGCCAUCGCCCUCGUCUUGUUUAUUUGUGUCGUCGUCUUGCUUCUUUGUGUCGUCGCCUUGGUCGUAGUAAAGGUAAGGAAGUCCAGGUCGUCGAGAGAGGCCGCGAUUGCUGCCGACGACCUGCACGACCCCGGCCGCGAUGACGACCGAGAGGACGAGCACAUCUAUUGCUCCAUCGACGUGGACGACUUGAGGCCCCAACUCGAGGAGGAGAGGAGGGCGACGCACGCACAGCCCGGCGGAGGGAAGACCGGCGUGCGCAGAUGCAACUCCGAGAAUUCCUUAUACGGGGCGGUCCUUCCCCGUGUAAGACGCAACUCCGAGAAUUCCUCAAAAAGGGAAAUUCUUCCCAGGGUAUCGCUAAGAAAGGAGGAAUAGAAGGGGGGGGGGGGGAGCGAUAUUUUACAAUGUAUCACAAAGAAGGAUAUUCGAUUUAUUUCCAUGUAUUUGCAUUCAUAUAUGAUAUGGAACACUGCUGUCUUGGCACACGCUCAGUUUUGCAUUCUAAACAUUUUGCUAAGAUGAUAAUUUUAAUUAGAUAUUUCCAAUUUAAGUUUAAGGAAACAAUAUUAUAAGACAAUUAUUCAUUGUAUUCAGCGUGCUGAGGUAUUCGUUAAAAAUAAAAACUUCCGUAAUUCAACUUCGUCGUGAACAAACAAAGAUGAAACGAAAGAAUAAAGACUAAUUUGUGACGUUUCGAGUCGAGCUUCUUCGGUUCAUCGUCCAAAAUGGCUCGAAACGUCACGAUUCAAAUAGCCAAAAGGUUAUUGUUCCUUUUAUUCUCUGUGUAUUCCAUUUCGUCAGCAUAGCAAGUUGGUAUUUGUUUCAUGCUGUUAUGUUUUUGUGACUGCUAUUAUCAUUUGAGUAUGAAUUCCAUCUCGUUAGUUGGAAAUGAUCUCAUUCUGAUUCCGACGCAUGUUUCCAAAUCAUGCUAAUGAUGAUCAUGACUGUAGGUAAUUAAUGAUGCCAUUAACUCGAUCAUUACUAUUAAUUGUAGUAUCCAGCAGAAUUAUCACAUUGUAAUGAAUAUCAUACAAUAUUAACAUCAUCACCAUCAUCAUUUAUUAAAGAUAUUAAUGUCACUUUUCAUAGAUUAUCAUUAAUGUUACAUUAAAAAUCUAUAGCAUGAUUUUUCCUAUUUGCAAGGUACAAACAGGGUCAACCCUUGUCAGCAAAUAAAGAGUUAAAUGCUAUACCAAGACAAGAUAUUAAAGAUAGGGAAAUACAUUUUUUUCUCGCUCUUAAUAAAAAUAUAUAUAUUUU